AUGGGAUCUAUUUCUGAGUUGCGUGUUCUUGUGUUACGUUCCAACACUUCCAACAGACUCUACGGUUUCCCAAUGCUACGGAUUAUUGACAUAUCCUCUAAUGGGUUUUCAGGUGUUCUAUCUAAAGAAUGUCUUUCAGGUUGGAAGGCCAUGAUGGGAUAUGAAACAAAAGCAGAAUGGAAUCGCAAGGAUCAGAUAUUAGGAAUUGAGUAUUUAAGGGGUAAAAAGUUGAAUUACCAAGUAGAAAUUACAAACAAGGGGAUAGAAGUAAAAAUGGUGAAGAUUGUAACGGCCUUUACAAGCAUCGACUUCUCAAAUAACAAAUUGGAGGGGACAAUCCCAAAAGCCAUUGGAAAUUUCACACCAGUUUACAAUUUCAACUUCUCAAGAAAUUCUCUCACAGGUUCAAUUCCAUAUACUUUUGGGAAUCCUAAACAUCUUGAGUCAUUAGACCUUUCGCAGAACAAGUUGACAGGGGAAAUCCCGUUCCAGUUAACAAGCUUGUCGACCCUUUCGGUUUUGAACCCAUCUUUCAACCAAUCAGAGGGAAGGAUCCCAUAG